UAUCUACGGCCGUAGCCACUGAAAGCCUACGGGACGCUACGGCGCACGAGGUACCGCGCAGACUGACAACUUUCAGUACCCCAGUUGUUUUCCAGACAUCUCUGUGUCCGCACACUUUGAAAAACGCACCCUUUGUUUUGUUGUGACGUGUUAAAUGUUGUAAGAAACAAACGACAUGCGUGCAACGUGGAUUUGGGUAUUUGUCGUGUGUGCUGUGGCCUGCGCCUCAGGUGAGCGCGGCGGGUCCCUGCGCGGAGCCCUGGAAGCCCUGCAGAGACGACAGCGCAGCCGCCUGCACGGGCAGGUGCCUUCGCCGGACUAUGAAGCGCUUUAUGAGUUCGUGCCUCCCCAAGCAUAUCCUGAACCUGAUUAUGGCGAAGAUGUAGAAGAUAUGGACGAGGAACCCUCACCACAAUAUAUUGUAAAGUUACUGGGAAAUGAAAGGCCUUCUAAAGCUUAUGAGUACCAAAUAAUGAAGAAAAACUCAGCCUAUAAUGGACCUGUAAUGAAGCAAGAGUCACCUUUUCGCGAGCGCAGCCAGCAUUCAGAUAAUGAUAGACUUCGUGACCUCUUCAUGGAUAGAAAUGAAGGCGAGGAAAACAGUAAUGCUUUAGAAAAUAAAGAAGAAAAUGACGCCGAAUACGCCCUUCUUCUAAGUCAGCUUUGGUCAAAGUAUAAAAACAACAAAGAUCGAACUAAUGCUGACAGUGCGCCUCAAGGCGUUGUUAAGUUGUAUAAAGAAAAAAUUGUCAAGAAGCGAUAUCCAAACAAUUGGGGACCUAUAGCAUUUAAACGCAAACGUAGUUCAGAUUCAGAUUUAGACAGGUCAAUUUUAACUGAUACGGAGGCGAUUAAAAAACCCGUAGAAAACAUGAACCCGAUUGAUCCAAACAACUCUUAUGAAAUUCCUGAAGAUGAUAGAGACGAGAUGCGAGAAGAAUAUGCUAUUGCUUUCCAACCUCUCGAUGACGACAGCCUUUCUGAUUUAGCUGAUGAAGAUCAGUAUGCCUAUGAGUCUAUUGAAAAACGAUUUCCAAUAUCUAAACGGAGCAGUGGACCAUAUAAUUUUAAUAGUCAAAAGAAGAGAUUUGUACCAGAUCGAGGCCAACAUGACAACUCAAAAUCUUUUAGAAGCAGUGCCGGAACAGACCCAAAAAUAAUUAAUGAUUUAUCGAAAAUCUUUGGGGAUUCGGACAGUGAAAUUAUGAAAUCUCCUGUAAAGCGAAGUAGUGAAUAUGUCGAAGGUUCUCAUGAAACAAAACCUCCGACACUUAUUAUGGAAAGCCAUAAUCAUACUCAAGAUCAUAACAAUGGAACUCACCACACUGACCACAGCCACGAAGAGCAUAGUCACAAUAUACAUCCUCCUGUUAUAUCUAGCAAGGAACAUGAACAGAUUCAUCAUGAUCAUAGCAAUGACCAUGACCACGACCAUGAUUAUAGCCACGAUCGUAACCUUGACCACCAUCAUGAUCAUGAUCAUGGCCAUGAUCAUCAUAAUCAUUCCGAUGAUCAUAAAAAUACUCAAGACACUAACCCCGAUCUCGAUCAUGAUGCUGAAAGUGAGAAGCCAAUAAAAAUAAAAAAGAAGUCUAUUGACUGGUCCGACUAUUUUGGAAUUGACAAAAGGCAACAAAAAUCUGUUUCCUUUGUUAAUAAUCUUAAUGAAGAUAGACUGAAAAAACAAUACUUUGAUACAUUUAAUAAGGAAGUCAUUUAUCCUUUAAAUUCAUUUAGGAAACACAGUUUCGUUAAAAGAAAUUUUGUGCAGGCCAAAUCCAAUAAGGAAUCUGAUCUUCCAGCAAAUCAAAUACAUUCCCCUACAAUUCGUGACGAGAAAAGAAAUCCCGGAUCUGAUAAUGAAUCCAAACUGGAUAAUAUUGAUAGGAAACUGAGAAAUAUGGAAGGUUUAAUUGUUGACGAAGCAUUACAUUACUCGAAUAUUGGUGAGGAACUUGACUCGAAAGAAGAACAGGAGAUGAAAGAAAAGCUACUUUCACGUUUAGCUGCAGCUUAUAGUUUGGAAAAAAUGCGAAAAGCUCUUAAAGAUUUUAAACAAAGCCUACAACUGCAAAAGACAUCAUCAGGUUUGCAUUCUUCCCCGGACCAGGCUGACGCUAAAGAUAAAAGGGUGGCUGUUAAAAAAGAAAAGGUUAUUUUGAGUAAUGAAAUACCAACUAACAAUCAUGAAAAAAAUGAAGACUUUGAAGACGAGCAAGGAGCUGGACAUUACUUAAAUGGAAAAUUUGAAGAACAGUUGUCAGAAGGAUAUAUGGGUGGCAGUGGAAGACAUCGUAUUCCGGUUAUGUCAACUGUAAGUUCCUCGGGAGCAUGCCCAGUUUUAGCAAAGAUUGUGCAGCGAUGCCGCGGCGUUGAUCUAUUGGCUGGAGAUCGUGGACAACUAUUUCUCCCUUUGUGCAGUCUGCAUCAGAUUUGUUAUCUAUGUGGAGAAGCCCCACCGACGACUUGCGACUUGGUGUUUCUUUCUGAAGCCGAUUCUACAUGCGAGGGUGACAUGAGUUGUCAGCGAGCAGCUCGUUCCGCGUUAAUGGCACUGAGGGAACUACAUGAUAACUUAGCUGACGAACUAGACGGUGAAUGCGAAGCGAGUCCUUGCCUCCCCGCUACAUUAAAACUUAAUUUAGGAUGGCAAAGAGCACUGCAGCGAUUGUUAAUAGCUGGUACUACUAUGGCUAACAGGACUGAAAAUGAAAGUGACGGAGGCCUAGAAAAUCAUGCAGUAACAAAAGACGAUGGAUCAACGGUAAGACCUGCCUUAGUAAUCAACAUACAACCGCUAUCACAAGGAAUUAAUAGAGCUGGGCUCCCAGUGUCCACAACAGACUGGCAAUCCAACACUACGAGAGAACAAUUCAUCCCUAUGCAUGGUUUGGACUUCCUCAUCGGUGUUUCAAGUUUACAGAUCCAACAAACUGUGGAACUUGUUGAGUUAACUGCCAGAAUAGAAUCGGAAAACCGUUACAUAGUGAAGAUUCCACAAGGCGAAGCUUUGUAUAUAGCCAGUGAAGUUUCGACGCCGGCACAGCGAUGUCUAUGUGGUACUGGGCGAGGAUUCGUGAUGCACCUGCAUGACAACACGAGACAAGAAGCGUUGGUUUUGCAUAGACGGCUUGCUGCAGCGUCGUGUUGGUUUCCUUGUAGGUUACAGGAAAUGAAGGUAAUCACACCACCGGGAGACUACAUCGGAAGGAUUCAGCAGCAGUGGACCUGGGUGGUGCCAUUCUACUUGGUGCGUGAUGUAAAUGACACCGUGCUAUAUGUCUUGGAAGGGCCCGUCAGCUGGAAGCGUAGCUUGCAACUCUCGGAGUUUAAGAUCUUAACUGGUGAUUCUCUCCGUCAAGUCGGUAAAAUUUGUCACGGCUGGGACCGCGAGCUCGUCAGCUUCACCACCAAUAUCAGUUAUCCAGCUCAAGCUGUUCAACCAAAGCAUAAAGCCUUAAUUUUGGCGGCAGCAUUUCUUCUAGAAUACACUUAUUUUGAAAGAUCCAAAACUAGCUGUUGGCGAUGCAACUGCUGUUAGCGGUAAACAGGACAAGAUUACCUGUGUAUAACCAAGGACUAAUUAAGUUGAGACAAAUCGAAAGCAUCUUAUUCAGUGAUUACUAGAUUUGACUAGGUCUCUUAUAAUGUGGUAUUAAAAAGUGCAUUACUUAAUUAAACUUUUUUUAAUAAUUUUUU